AUGAGAAACCACACAUCAGUAUUCAGUUUCAUCCUCCAGGGAUUAACUGAUAACCUACAAAUGCAGAUUUUGACUUUUAUAUUUCUACUCAUCACAUACAUGUUGAAUAUAAUUGGAAACCUGGUCAUCAUAACCCUCAUAUUAGUGGAUUCUCACCUUAAAACUGCGAUGUACUUUUUUCUCCAAAAUUUUUCCUUCUUAGAAAUCUCAUUCACUUCUGCCUGCAUUCCUAGAUUCUUAUAUAGUAUAUUAACAGGAGACAGGACCAUUACUUAUAAUGCUUGCCUGUCCCAACUAUUUUUUACAUAUAUGUUUGGUAUAACAGAAUUCUUUCUCUUGGUCACCAUGUCCUAUGAUCGCUAUGUAGCCAUCUGCAAACCCCUGCAUUACAUGACCAUCAUGAACCACAGAUUCUGCAAAAUGCUUAUCUUCUGCUGUUGGAUAACCACUUUCUUAAUUGUUUUUCCACCGUUUUGCUUGGGACUGAACCUGGAAUUCUGUGACUCUGUCAUUGAUCACUUUUUUUGUGAUGUUUAUCCACUCCUGAAGAUCUUAUGCUCAGAUCCAUGGUUCAUGGAAGAGAUAACUCUUGUUUGCUGUGUGUUGAUAUUUAUCAUGACUCUUACAUGUGUUGUUCUGUCCUACAUAUGUAUCAUCAGAACAGUUCUAAGAUUCCCCUCUGCUCAGCAAAAGACAAAAGCUUUUUCCACCUGUUCUUCCCACUUUAUUGUGGUUUCUAUCACCUAUGGCAGCUGCAUUUUUGUCUAUAUCAAACCUCCAUCAAAAGAUGAAGUGACUAUUAAUAAGCAAGUAGUAAUACUUACGACUUCCAUUUCCCCCAUGUUAAACCCAUUUAUUUAUACUCUGAGGAACAAACAAGUGAAACAAGCAUUUAAAGAUUUACUCAAAAGAAUUCUACUGGUCUCAAAGAACUAA